GCGGUGCAUCACGGGAGUCGCAGUCUUUCGCUUCUUCCUGUUCUGUGACUGCGGCAGUGAGUUCAGGUCAGUUUCGCUGUUCGGAAACGAGAAAAAACUUCAUAACCAACAGCCUAUGUCUGUGUUCGAGUCCAGCGCCUUCAACAGGCCCAUCACUGCAGUGGCCUGGGCGUCUAACAACACCAGCUGCCCCGGUCAAUUCAUCCUGAUCACUCAGACUGAAGAUGGAGCCUCCGCUAACUUCAUCCGAGGAUUUGCCAUCAAGUCUGGCUACUACCUGUGUUACAGUAAGGAUCUGUCUGGUGGGAUGGUUGUGGCGGAUGUGAAGGUGAUCACGGAUAAAGAGACGAUUCCUCACGGUUACUGCUACAUCCCAGAAUUCCUGGAGCCCAAGGCGUCCGUCGGGAAGAAGAAGCGCAUCUGCGUGCGGAUCGUUCCUGUGGGCAGCGUUACGACGGCUGUUCUAGAUAUCAAACUGACAGCCAAGAAUAAGACCAUGGUGCAGCAGUACACCUGUCUGGGGGACAUGAAUGGCUUCGUGGUGUGGUGUUUAAAGGGCCAUUUCUCCACUCCAGCUCCUCAGGCCAAGCCUCGCAGCAUCAGUCUGGACAUGCGCAGUCUCUCGCUGGAAGGAACCGGACCCCCGCAGCCUCUCAAACCCAGCAACCCUCCCGAAGCCCCACCGAAAGUCAGCCGUCGCCGCAGUAAGCUUGACUAAGCUAUUCGGGGGGAGACUGUGUAUGACAGUGGUAACCACAGCAACAUCUACGGUAUCACAGCGAUGGAUGGCGUUCCCUUCUCUCUACACCCGAAGUUUGAGUCUCAGUCAAACACAAAGGUGUCUGUGAGCACAUUGAGUGACAUCCGUAUCAAAUCAGUGCAGGACAUUGAGAAUGAGUAUAACUACACAUUUGCGGUGGAAGAACUGGCAGCCAAGAGAAUCUGUCCGUCCGUGAGCGGCUGAAAUCAUUCCUGUCGUCGGAUCAUCAGAUUCCUUCCUGUUAGCUCUCAGGCUCUGGUCCAUGAAGUCACACAAUUCUUUCUGUUUUUAUGAUCAUGCAUGUUCAAGUUCGACCCAAACUCACACUACUGGUUUUGCGGGGCUGAUUCUUGGUUCUGGUUGGUCUCUUUCUCUCUCCUUUCUUCUCUGGGUUGGUUGAACAUCUGCCUCCAAACACAUUAUGUACGUGCGUUUCUGUAUGUUAAAGCUUUGCGUGUUUCUACGAAACACUAACAGGCGAAUCAAAGGGCUUGACGACGUGCCUUCCUCACAGUGAUAUGUACAAUGUCAUUUUAUAAGGCCAAAAUAUUUUAUGUGUUUAGGGAUUUUGAGCUGCAGUUUAGUAUUUAACAAAUGUAAAAACACUAAUUUCCUUAUUUAUCAUAUGAAAAAUGUAAGUUUCAGAAAUAAGGGGACCAAAAAAUAAUGUGUUUUUCAUGUAUUCUCUGAACUGCUCUUUGUCUGUUUAAAUAUUCUUGAAACUGUUGUCAUAGUAUGGUGCUCUGUGAGUUAAACAUUCAUACUUGCUUUGUUAAAAUCUGUCUUUGUGGAAUUUUAAUAAAAAUUAUUUGCAGACUUAAGGGGAGAGACACUUCUUGUAAAUGUAGAUCCAAACUAGUUUUGUUUUACAAAUGCCUUAUUUCAGGAUGAUAAAUGUAAACUAAACAGUUUCACUCCAGACAUUGAAAUAUAUAUAUUUUUUAUUGCUGAAAACAAGAACAUACAAAUCAAGAAAAUACAAAAUAUCAACAAAAAUGAAAAUAAAAGAGACAGCAACAACAAUAAUAAUAAAACAGUACAAAAA